UUGUACAAGUAUAUUUUCAGGGGAAGUCCCGAUUGUCACAAAGUAAACAAAAAUGUCCUGACUAAGCUCGCAGUCACGCGCACAUCAUCGCUUACUGACAUUUGCAGAUUUGGGCUCGCAUAGGUAUUUCAGUGCCUUACGCAUAAGAAAGAGAUAACUACGGGAAAACGUAUGGAAAUAAUAUGGCAUCCAAAACUGAACUGACGUAUCGAUUGCUAACAGACGAAGACUUGGAUGAAGUAAUAAAAUUCAUACAAACACAUUUCAUUCCCUUCGAACCUUUGAGCGCUGCUGCAAAUGUCAAAGCAGAAGAAGAAAAGGAAUUUCCCCGCAUUUUAAUCAAGAAUUCACUUUGGCAAGCUGCCAGCAUUGGGGCGUUUGAUAAUUCUACUGGUGAACUAUGUGCUGUUCGAGUCAAUAGUCUUGGAAAGAACAAUGAUCGACUUGUGCCAGAAGACGAAAGCAUGUCGACUGCUAAAAUGCAUAAAGUCCAACGUAUUUUAAGAGCUAUCAAAGGAGGCAUGUUGAAAAAUGUAGUCGGAACUGAAAAUUACAUGGAACAUAUAUUCGUAUCUGUCAACCAAGCCUAUGCAAAAAGAGGAAUAGCAACAGAAUUGUACAGAAGGUCUGAAUUACUAGCUAAUCAACAUGGAUGCAAGAAACUCAUUGCAAUUUGCUCAAACAGCUAUACGAGACGUAGCACAGAAAAAAUUGGGUACAAGUUAAUCAAUGAGAUCAAGUAUGAUAAUUAUAUUGAUGAGGUAACUGGUGAGAAGCCUUUUGCCAACAUGAAAACACCUCAUUCGACAAUAUCUCUUGUUGUAAAAACACUGUAAUUAAUGUAAUAUCAAUGGUAGGCUAUAUAUCAAAUUAAUUUAAACUAAUAAUUUUUACUAGCAAAGCAACUGAAGCUGAUUUGUGGUUGUGUGAACUCAACAUGUUUAAUCAAUACAUUUGAAUCUGUAAGCAACAUCAGAAUAAUAAUACAACUUAUAAUUAAUACCAGGUCCGCUGUAUGAACAAUUGUAAAGCACUGUAUCAUAAUAUUUCAAUGUAUGCAGAGUAGUAAAUCGAACUUCCUUGGUUUUGGUGACCACAUAUUUACUUUCAUACCACGUGCAUAUUUUCACUUUAAUGUAGCAAAGUUUCACUUCUUCCAUUUCAUAUUCACAUUUUGAUAUUGUGCUUGCGAUAUUUUAUUGCGUUUCUUCAGAAUUAUAAAU